GCCGCCCCUCGCCCCCCGUCUCCCCCACCCUCGCAGGACUCGGCGGCGGCCACGGCGGCGGAGCUCGGGACACACUCGCUCACCAUGAGCGGCGGCGAAGUGGUUUGCUCGGGAUGGCUCCGAAAAUCCCCCCCGGAGAAGAAGUUGAAGCGUUACGCAUGGAAGAGGAGGUGGUUUGUACUCCGAAGUGGCCGUUUAACGGGAGAUCCAGACGUAUUGGAAUACUACAAAAAUGAUCACGCCAAAAAGCCCAUCCGCAUUAUUGACUUAAACUUAUGUCAACAAGUAGAUGCUGGAUUGACAUUUAACAAAAAGGAGUUUGAAAACAGCUACAUUUUUGAUAUCAACACAAUCGAUCGCAUCUUCUACUUGGUAGCAGACAGCGAGGAGGAGAUGAAUAAGUGGGUUCGUUGUAUUUGUGACAUCUGUGGGUUUAACCCUACAGAGGAAGAUCCUGUGAAACCACCAGGCUCCUUGCAGCCCUCAGCUGACUUCCCCUUAGCUGUAAGUACGUCGCCAGCCUCUAUGCCGAUAGACCUGUCCUCCGGCACUCUACCUCCUCCCUACCAGCUAAUUAACCUACCACCACCUCUGGAGCCUCUUCCCCUUCAGGAUGAUCCCCAAGACUACCUCUUGCUCAUCAACUGUCAAAGCAAGAAGCUUGAACCCACAAGCCAAGGGUCCUCUUUUGUUUCUGAAGAAGGAGAGGAAUAUCUGCUUCUUGAAGACUUUGAAAGCAAAAAGAUCCCAUUGCUACCACACGCUGAUUCGGCAAAGUCCACCUCUUCAGAGACAGACUGCAACGAUAAUGUCCCUUCUCAUAAAAAUUCUGCUUCCUCUCAGAGCAAGCACGCGGUGAACGGCUUUUUUCAGCAGCAAGCCAUGUAUGACCCCCUCCCCUCCCGAGCGGUCUCUGUUUCCAUUGACUCCAGCCUGUACAAUCUGCCGCGGAGUUACUCCCACGACGUCCUCCCCAAGACGGCGUCCCCGUCGAGUACCGAGGCCGAGGGAGAGCUCUACGUCUUUAACACGCCAUCCGGAACGUCCUCCCUCGAAUCCCAAAUGAGACACAUCUCCAUGAGUUACGACAUCCCCUCCACGCCGGGGAGCACCUACCAGAUCCCCAGGACUUUCCCGGAGGGAGCUCUGGCCCAGACGUCCAAGCUGGAGACGAUCCCGGACGUUCCUCCGCCGCGGCCCCCAAAGCCGCACCCCGCUCACGACCGCUCGCCUGUGGAAACCUGUAGCAUCGCGCGCACGGCCUCCGACACGGACAGCAGCUACUCCAUCCCCACCGCGGGGGUCCCGCCCUCCCGGAGCAAUACCAUAUCCACUGUGGAUCUCAACCGAUUGAGAAAAGAUGCUAGUUCUCAAGACUCCUAUGAUAUUCCACGAACAUUUCCAAGCGACAGAUCUAGUUCACUUGAAGGCUUCCAUGCCCACCUUAAAAACAAAAGCAUAUUGCCAAUGGGGAGUGUAUCGAGUGAAGAAUUGGACGAAAACUAUGUCCCAAUGAAUCCCAACUCUCCACCACGACAGCAUUCCAGCAGCUUUACAGAGCCAAUUCACGAAGCCAACUAUGUGCCAAUGACCCCAGGGACGUUUGACUUUUCAUCAUUUGGAAUGCAGGUCCCGCCUCCUGCUCACAUGGGCUUCAGGUCGAGCCCCAAAACGCCUCCCAGAAGACCGGUUCCUGUGACGGACUGUGAGCCCCCUCCUGUUGAUAGGAACCUCAAGCCCGACAGGAAAGGUCAAAGUCCUAAAAUUUUAAGACCUAAACCCCAUGGUUUAGAGCGAACUGAUUCACAAACCAUAGGUGACUUUGCUACAAGACGAAAGGUAAAGCCAGCACCACUGGAAAUUAAACCAUUGCCAGAAUGGGAAGAGCUCCAAGCCCCUGUGAGAUCUCCUAUUACUAGGAGUUUUGCUAGAGACUAUUCCAGGUUUCCUAUGUCUCCCAGACCGGACUCUGUUCAUAGCACUACUUCAAGCAGUGACUCCCAUGACAGUGAAGAGAAUUAUGUGCCCAUGAAUCCAAAUCUAUCCAGUGAAGACCCAAAUUUGUUUGGCAGCAAUAGCCUGGAUGGAGGAAGCAGUCCAAUGGUAAAACCUAAAGGAGACAAACAAGUGGAAUAUCUAGACCUAGAUCUAGAUUCUGGGAAAUCAACCCCUCCACGGAAGCAAAAGAGCAGUGUCUCCGGUAGCAAUGUGGCCGAUGAGAGAGUAGAUUACGUCGUGGUUGACCAGCAGAAGACCUUGGCCCUGAAGAGCACCCGAGAAGCCUGGACUGAUGGGAGGCAGUCUACUGAAACAGAAACUCCAACCAAGAGUGUCAAAUGAGGAUCCUUCUCUAGCUGCCUUCCAAGAACAGAAGAAACCAGAAUUCCCAAGAGAAUUCUUGGUAACCCAUGGUACAGAGCCACAUCCGCAGCAGUGUUUGAAGAAGACUUGACUGGUCAACUCUGGAUAUUAAUGGAGUUGAAGUCAGUGGACAUUUCAGACAAAAUCAAGCAAUUGAUGACCCUAAAUGGUGCUUUGUGGUAUCUGAACAAAAUUUAAAAAUGUAAAUAACAUAGAAAAAUAGUAUUGUUUAGCUCCCAGAGAAACCUUUGUUCUCCAGUUAAUACAUUUGUAGUAUUACUAUAUUUAUGCACUUUUUCAGUUAAAAUAUGGGUUCAGGUAUCCCCAGAUAAUGUACCUUAACGCAGUUCUUUUGGGAGUUCUCAUUUUUCCUCACACUACUCUAACAAUUCUAGGUUAAUUAAGCUACAGAUAGAGUAGAAAUUGGUGGCUAAACUUCACUUGUCCAUUUUAAAGUGCAUUAGAAAUAGAUUCACAACUUAAUCGACUACCUGAAACUUUAAGUGGUGAACAGUACUGUGCUACUGUUUUGUUUUGUUUUUUAAUUUAAUGCCAAUCAUAAUUAGGGGCUUACCAUUUGCCCUCCUAAUGCAUAUGCUAUAAGUUAAUAAUAAUGAACCAUUCUGGAUUUAGGACCUACUAUUCUUCCUUAGACACAUUUAGUUUAGCAAUGGAAUUUCUAUCAUUUUUUGUUUUGUUUUGUUUUUUGUUAAUGACAGUGUUUGGGAUUCAUUGGGUGAAGAUUCUGCAGGGUAGGAUCUUGCACUUUUAAAAGACUCAAUAAUUAAAUAUCAAGUUAGCCUGCAAACCACUGAGGGCAUGCAGUAAUGUUGUGAUUCACAUUUAUUAACCUAUAUUGAUCUUUACAUUAUUUACAAAAGGUAGAAAGUAUAUAAAUAAUCAGGUACGUACAGAGCACAGCUGUGCUAAUCACACUGAUCAGGUUUAGACAGUGAGCUUUUUGUCUUACGUAGAAGUCCUGGUAUUUGGUUUCCAACUUGAAAUUAAUGGGACAGUUGACAUUCACUGUUAGUACUAGUAACAUACUGUGACUUUUUAAUUAGACAGUAAUACAGGUGUAUUAUUCUAUGAAUGGAAAUAACUAUGUUUUGACACCAUAGUGCCCUUUCUAUGAAUUUUUAUUUUACUUAAUCUUCUUCUUGGCCUUAUAUUUAAAUCCCUAUGCAACUGAUAUUUUAUAUAUAUGUAUACCUUUUUUUAAAAAAAGAACAGAUGCUGUUAUGUAAGUAAUUGCCAUGUGUGACACCUGUUGCUUUCCCAGUAGAGGAUGUAAAGGUUUUUUGUACUGUGAUUUUUAUUCACUGCCCCAAUUCCAGAUACACUUGGAGCCUCGGUCUAACAUGACUUGCUAGAAUGGGGAAUUCAGCUUUGGACACCCAUAACUAGGUUUGUUCUUGAGAGCACCAGAAGGACUUAAGGAUAAGGAUAUUUCUCAUCUUAAACUUGGUCCUGGGCCAAGGCGACAGCAUUAAAAUCAGACUACGGUGUAUUAAUCUGUCUUGGUUUAGAAACGUGAUUUAAUUAUCAGGAAAAAACUACCAUUCUUUACUUAAUGGACGUAUAUAUAAGGCCUAGUAUAUAGGAAUAAAAUAUACUAACAUGGAGGAGGGAGAAAACUAAGUCUCCAGUUGUAAGACAUCUCUCUCUACUUACAAGCAGACUUCUGACUGUUGCCUACUUAAAUCAUUGUGUCCUGUUUUCUAGCAUGUCGGCCUUACUACUGUGCCUAAUCAUCAUAGUGGAUUUUUUCCCUCAAUCCGCAGUGUAUAAAUUGUCCUAAUAAGGUGGCUUGUAGAGUUAGUAACAUUUUGAUGCUUUCAAUGUUUGCUUCCUUUUUUUGGGGGGGGGAGGGGGCUGGGAAGGGAGGGAAAGGGGAGACACAAAAAACAAAAAGAACAAAAAACUAAAACCGGGACGUACUUUAUAAGGUGAUUUUAAAAAAUAAAUCAGAUUGUUCAAGAGUGAUGUGUUAAACUGUUUUGCCAUGGAACCAUCAAAUAAAAGCUAAGUGCUAUGAAAUGUGCCUAAACUACCAGAUACAGUUAGUUGGUCUGUGAAAAUGCUAAAUUGUGUUGCCUAGUACAUCUUAAAACAUUUUCAGAAGUUAAAAAUAACUGAGAAAUAGGAACUCUAUGUUGCUCUUUAAAUUGUCUCUAGGAUUUCAAGCUAUGGUGAAAAAAUGGGAGAGUGUCUUUUUGUAUAAUUUUGUCAAGUUAUUCAUUGUUUCUCCUAGGUAUACAGCACUCCCAGCAGGCCAUCAUUGCAUUGCGAGUGUUUUCCCAUCAUACAGGGUGAGCACUUGGUACUUGAAAUACUUUAGGAAGGCAGAUUGCUGUAGGAAAUUAACAUCCACUGAAAAAUUUUUUUGCCAAUAUUGAAUGGAAAACAUAUGACAUUCUCCCGGAAAAUGUGUCUGGUGCUAAAUCAAUCAGUGGUGUUAUGGAAAUCCAAGAACACUGUGCUGGCUUUGGGUAUCUUAACUGUCUCUUUUUCCACAUGAUCAGUGUUCAUAAAAUGUUGAAUAUGUAUUGUAAACAUUAAAAAUAGGUGUGUUAAUGUCUUGCUUUCUAAGCAGCUACUAUACUUCAUGAAGGUAUCUGGUCUUUCAAAACUUAAUCUUUAUUUACAUUUUUUAAAAAAUUCACAUUUUUUACUCUCCUGAUUUUCAAAGGAGUUAAGCUAUUUGAACCCCACAGAGGGCAUCUCUUAGUACAGUUUUUAAGCUGUCAGUGGUAAUGUUUUUGUCUGUACUCUAGCCAAUUAUAUGUACACACAAAUGUAUCAAUACCACAUGAACAACUGUGAGCAGAAUAGAAAAUACUACGCAGAUACUCUGAGGUACAUAUAUGUAGGCAUCCGUGACUUCUGAUUUAAGAAAAAAACAACUACACACAACAGAAGUAAUACAAAAUCAAAUUUAAUUUGAUAUAUAAACACUUCGGUGUAUAAUCCCAUCAUAAUUUUCCUUGGCCUGUUUUUUUUUCCUCCUAUUUUUUUCUCCUCAUUAGUAGGAAAAAUAAAGUUAGAGUGAUUUUUGAAAUAUGUUAAUAUCUGUGGAUGUUAGAAAACUGAAAAUAUAUCAAUUUUAUUCCCACCAGUGCGAAAUUACCAGGUUUUAAAAUUUCAUGGCCAAAUAAUACAUCUGAAGUAGAACAUGCAUGCUUCUUCCACAUAUACUAAAUGCCUUCUUAUUUUGCCUCCCUGAAAGUGGUGAAAUAAAGUAUUUUAUAGAGCUAUGCAAAGCCAUUAACUUUAAAAAUGAUGAGAGAUGAGACAAUGGCCAUUGACACUGGCAGCAAGGUGUACUAAGUAAUGAUGGGUAAUAUAAGUAUAAAUGAACAAAUCAAGCAUAUAUAUGUUUGUGUUUUUGCAUAUGUAUUUAUAUGUGUAUAUAAAUACAAGCAUCUGUAUUUAUAUACAUAUAUAAUUUUCCAUAACAGCACAGCUAUUGUUAAUAAUAUCCUCAUUUUUACAAAACGUGUGGUAUUGUCAGAAAAAUUGUAUUUCUUAGCUAUAUAAGAUGAGCUUUGGCCCAGUUUACUAACUGAAUUUGGCAUUUUUUGCUUUAACCACUUUAUUUACACAGAUAUAUCAACAGAACCUCAUAAAAAUCUAUGUGAAAGAAUGCCAUUCUGAGGAAGGCUAAUUGACUGUUCAGUUCACUCUUCUGUCUCUGAGGGUAGCUGAUUUGUAGGGAGAUAUCGGUGCCCUCUGCAAGGUCAAUCUCAAAAAAGAAAAUAGUAUAGAGCAACAAUUCAGUUCCCAAAUUGUCUCCUUUUCUAUAUUUCCAAAUGUAAAGUGAGGUCAUGUAAUUCAUGAAUAUUCUAGUCAUUCAAAUGUAAAUAUAUUUCCUGAAAAGAAAUGAAUCAUUUCUAGUUGUGAUAUAGAAACAAAACUUCUGAUUGCUGUUUUGUUGAGAGAGGUCUCCUGGAGAACUGCCCUGUUCACAGAAACUUGGGGGUGCUGCAACUUCAGAAUGUUAUCCAUUCUACAAGGUGAUUGAGUGACAGGUUACGCUUGUUUACUGUUGACCUAAUCUGGUAAUACUUUCCCUAAACUUAUCCAUUUUAACACUAAGUAAAAUUAUUUUUCUUAAAGGUUAUUAAAAUAAAAUGGAAAACUGUAAAAAACUCAAAACAAA